AUGGCAGAUGCCAAUGAAGACGGUUUAGAAAACGAUCACUUCGAAACGCAUGAAGAGGACGAAGAAAGCCUCAUUCGCUACUAUUUCUAUAGAGGUUUUGAUUAUAAGGAAAUCGUUUUAUUUUUAUUACAAAAUCAUGAUAUUCAGAUGAGAAUGGCCACAUUUAAACGACGAUUGCGAAGGUACGGACUUAGGCGGCAGCUACCAGAAUAUGACAUUGACGAAGCAAGGGCAUCCAUUCAAAGUCUUAUUAAUGGUCCUGGAUGUUUGCAAGGAUACAGGUCCGUAUGGCAUACACUGCAGCUUAGAGGAGUUAGAAUACCGCGUAUUGUUGUACAACAACUUCUGAAAGAGUUAGAUCCUGAAGGGACUGAAAUGCGAAAGGCUCACCGGUUAAAAAGGAGAAGAUAUCACAAUCCUGGUCCGAACUAUUCUUGGCAUUGUGACGG